AUGGAAAAUAAAAAUAAUAGCAACUCGCAAAGUAAAACUUUCAAAUAUCAGAAUUUGAAUUAUAAAUCUGAUUCAAAUUACGCAGUAAAAGUAGCUCGAACUCUUUUAACCCCACUUGGUAUAUAUCCAUUACACGGAUCAGAUACGAGUUUAAGUAAAUUUCUUGUGAAAAUUCAAAUAAUCAUAGUUUUUGGCUUAAUGUUGUUUCUGCUAGUACCGCACUUUAUUUGGACGUUUUUCGAUGCUGAAGAUCUUAAAAAAUUGAUGAAGAUAAUAGCCGCUCAAAUAUUCAAUUCAUUAGCUUUGAUUAAAUUUUGGACCAUGAUCAUCCAUAAAAAAGAACUGAGAAAUUGCUUGAUUCAGAUGGACAAUAACUGGAAAAAUGUAUUGUGUGAAGAAGACAGAUUAAUCAUGGUUAAAAAUGCUAAAAUCGGUAGAUUCUUUACAAUAGCUUAUUUAAGUUUGUCAUAUGGAGGUGCUUUGCCGUAUCAUAUUUUCUUACCAUUGUCAGCUGAAAGAAUCGUUAAAGAAGAUAACAGCACUCAAAUACCAUUACCAUAUCCUACUGACUACGUAUUUUUUGUUCCUGAAGAUUCUCCUGGUUAUGAAAUGCUAUUCGUAACGCACAUUAUUAUCAGUACGAUGAUUUUAUCAACAAAUUGUGGUAUAUAUAGUCUUAUAGCUACUUACAUCACGCAUGGAUGCUGUCUCUUUGAAGUAGUUUGCCGACAUUUAGAUGAGUUUUCAAAAAAUAGUACAAAUGUUGCUUUGAAGAAAGAGCUUUCUUGGAUUGUUGAGAAUCAUAAUCGAGCUAUUGAAUUUGCAGCAGUACUUGAAAGUUCGCUUAAUGUUGUGUUUCUCUGUGAAAUGGUUGGAUGUACGGUUAUAAUUUGUUUUUUGGAGUAUGGUGUUAUUAUAGAUUGGGAAGAUGGUCAAUUAUUAGGUUUGGUAACAUAUGCUAUAUUAAUGACAUCUAUUUUCGUUAAUUGUUUUAUUAUUUCUUUUGUUGGGGAGCGUUUAAAAGAACAAAGCCUAAGAGUUGGUGAGCGAGCCUACGCAGCACACUGGUAUUCCUUACCGAAAAGUUUUGCGUAUGAUUUAAUGCUCAUAGUGAUAAGAACAAGUCAACCAGUGACCUUGUCUACCGGUAAAGUCAGUGACUUAUCACUUGCAGGAUUCGCUGGUCUUGUCAAAACGUCGGCAGCAUACCUGAAUUUCAUCAGAGCUGUUGUCUAA